AUGGAAGCUCCCGGCGCUCCGGCUUGCAGCCAACCCGCAACGCCCUGCAGAGACGCCCCGCCCCCCUCCACCCCCGUGGCAGGUCUGCCCACCAGGAAGAAGCCCCGCCCACUCCCGCAUCGGCCCCGCCCCCUCCGCUGCAAGCCCCGCCCCGUCUGGGCAGAGUGUGAAGGAGAGCGGGUUUCGCUUCCGGGCCGCGGCGCUGCCCUCGGGUUCGCUUCCAAACUGACCAUCAUCUCAGGAUGCCUCUUCCUGGCCGCCGACAUCUUCGCCAUCGCGAGCCUGGCGAACCCGGACUGGAUCAACACCGGGGAGUCCGCGGGUGCACUCACAGUUGGCCUUGUGCGACAGUGUCAAACCAUCCAUGGACGUGACAGGACCUGUAUUCCUCCACGGUUGCCUCCAGAGUGGGUUACUACAUUAUUUUUCAUCAUUAUGGGAAUCAUUUCACUGACUGUCACAUGUGGUUUGCUGGUGGCUUCCCACUGGCGAAGAGAAGCUACUAAAUAUGCCCGCUGGAUAGCAUUCACUGGAACAAAGCAUGUACUGAAAAUAUGCAAAUCUAUUGUGUGGAAGAAUAGGAGAGGGCAACUACAUUUGGGAAAAGACAACCCUUUGAUAAUGGAAAUGAUCCUAUUCUGCAUGGCAGCCCUAAUAUUUCCAAUAGGAUUUUACAUCAAUGAAGUUGGAGGUCAACCAUAUAAAUUGCCCAACAAUACAGUGGUUGGGUCUUCAUAUGUACUGUUUGUCUUAUCCAUUUUCUUUACAAUAGUUGGACUUCUAUUUGCUGGCAAAGUUUGUUUACCUGGCUGAUGAAUGUCUGAACUUCAUGACUUUUAUUUUGGAAGAGAGCAAGACAUCAAAGUUGCAUUCUCUGGAGGAUGCCUAGAUCAGACUAUCAAAUACUAACUGAAAAGAGGAAUGCUUUGAAUUGUUCUCACUAUGCACUUUGGAUAAAAAAGGAGAGCCUUUCCCAUAACCAAAUACAACGCUGACUAAUCUCCUGAGCAUAUUAAUGCAGUCAGGUCUGCACUGUGAUAGGAACUAGUGAAGAAGAAUGCUUUACACUGAGAAGCAUAUUGCCCCAUGUUACUGUACCAUACCUGUUUUUAAUGUCUAACAAAUUGAAAGUAAAAGUAUUUAUGAACUUUGUGGUAGACCAGAGGGUUGCAAAGGAAUUCAAGUGAGGCUGGCCUCGCUGUUUAGGAGAUUAGUGUUUUACAUCCUCCUUCUGAUGAGCAAAGCCUUUGGCACCAAACUGGAUCUGUCUUACAUUACUGCACCAAGAAGCCAAUAGAUCAAAACAUGUUCUCUAAAAUGUAUGUAAGAACAAAAUGACAUCCCACCUACUCCCCUGGGCCCCAACGCCUCAACUGUAGAAAAACGCUAAGACAUUUUAGGGGAAAAAUUUUCCUUAUAUUUAUAUAAAAUAUAUAUAUAUUUUGCUGAUGCAGUAUACAGUGUGUGUGUAUGCGCAUAUCCACAAGGAUAUGGAUAUACACACAACAGUUCCUGGAAGAGAACUCAGAAUGCUUUGCUAGCAAAACACUGUGGUGUGCAAAACUAGAACUCAAUAGAAAAAAGCCAUUUCUCUGAAGGCCACAUAGCUGAGAGUCUUCAGUUUACCUCAUUCUUUGUAGCAGCCCUUGAUUUUAACAGUUUUUUGUAAUAGGUACAAACAAUCCCAUGCCUUUCUAGGUGCAAUUUUAAGUUAAGCUAAAAUUCUUUGUAUGGUAAUUUAUUUGUAUAUGAGGAUAGAAGGUGAAAUCAUGUCAUACCUUAAAACCCUAAUUUUGGGAAACUGACACUAUUCACUAUUUAAAUUAUUAGCAACUGUUGUACAGGGAGUCUCUCCUUUCUUUCUCUCCUUUCUUUCUCUCAUUACGUUGAGUGCUUUAAUUUAUGUUCAAGCACAGCAAUUUACCACAGAUGAAUAUUCCUGUAGAGGAUAUAAAAUGCAGUGUUUAGGUCAAACUAUUAAAGAAAAUUCUCUAGUAAAAAUGGAUUAAUUUAUUUUCAUUUGUGAAAAUUAAUUUAAUCUAUCUUUAUCAAAAUGAGAAACAUAAUUGUGUUGUUGUGUCUGUACGCCUUUAUUGUCGAUAUCAAAUAUGGACUUAAAGGUCAUUUACAUUCAGAGAACAUGCUCUCCCCUGAAAUCGGUUUGUGUAUUGUUUAAAUAUGAAAAUCAAAAAACUUUGGAUGCAUGUCAUGCUGCAUCUGAAUAUUCAGUGAUUUGGAUCUGGCAGUCCUUAUUCCUUUAAAAAAACAAAAGCACCUCUAUUUCCUCCCCCCCCCCCAAAAAAAAACAAAACAACAACAACAACAACAACAAACCAACAAAAAACUUUUGGUUGAUGUCCCUUAAUUUGCCUGCAGGAUCAAGCCCUAUUUCUAGGUCUUUGUAAUUUUUAUCUUUUUUGUGGGGAAAUAGUGACACAAAAACAAGUGACAUGAAAAGCAACACAACAGAGUGACAGUCCAAAUGUAUUUGGUGUUAGUUACAUUGUGGCAGCUAUGCUUUUAUAAGGAAAAAUGAAUCUGAAUGCAUUUUUCCUUGGGAGGUGCUUUAAAAAAUUACUUAUGAUUUAUUUUGGUGUGGCUGGGAGUGUGGGGGAAGUAUGCUGGAUAACCUCAAGUGUUAGAAAUGGGACGCCUCAUGCAAUUACCUUUAACUAUGUGCCAUUGAAAUUUCUAACUGUUUUCUUUGAAGUGUUUUAGUGAGGAAAAAUGAAUUGUGUAUCAUAAUUUCUCACUGGCAUUUUGUUUGUUCUACGAUUUAUUUUAUUUCAUUUCAUUUUUUUCAAUCGGUUCACUCACAGGCCAAAAGAAGCUAUCACUGAAAAUCUGUAAAUUUCAAGUAAAGUUAUUUAUAUCUGUAUUUUUGAAAAAGCAUCCAGUCACCUGCCUGGUUUUGAUUUAGUUCCUAAUUUUAGGUCCAUAUCCUACAAGUGAAUGGGCAUAGGCAACUGGAACCUUAUGAUGAAUAAAAAGAAACCUCUCCAUAGAUCCAAUUGCAAGGCUUGUGCCUGAGUUUGCAGUGUUAUCGCUGGUGUGCCCUGACAUGAAGUGUUUCAAUUUUUUAAAAUUAAAUUAAACUAUGAGAAGCUUUUUUUUUUCUUUUUCAGAAAUGACAGUUAUCUGUAAAUAGUUCCAUGAUGUAUUUUAACUGGAACCCAGGCAUGGGGUGGAGAGAGUUUCUCAGCUGCUAAGAACUGUCCCCAUGUUUACUUGUUCUAACAACAUUCUAUAUAAGGUUGUUCAUUUAGGCUUACAGUAAAUAUAUUACCUUUUUAAUAAAGAAUAAUUUUAUCAUGGAGCAUGUCCAGUCCAUGAGUGGCUGGUUGCAAUUAUCCAGUCUGCCAGUGCUACAGCUAUGAAUCAUUAAGAGACUGCAGAUUCACCUAGCAGGAUGUUUGUUUAAAUGUUUUGGGGGGCAUCCUUUUUUUUUUUCUUUUUUUUUUUUUUAAGUAAGAGUAAUCCAUGCAAAUGAAGAGACAGUUGUCAACAGUUGCUUUUAAUAAAGUCACUAAGUACUAUAUAGUACAGUAUUAAUUUAUAGCAGAAAAGCAUAUCUUGUAAACUGUAUAUAAAACACUGUUCUAUGGUGCAAUCAUUUGUCAAACUUAUGUCUGUUACUUUUUGUUUUUUAAAGUCGUGUGCAUUCUCUUCAUACCUAAGAGCAUCACUGUAAAAUCUGCUGAAUACUAUUUAUAGGUUUUAUUUGCACAAGGAUUAGUUCUAAACUACAGGACGUUCAUGUUGAACAUGCCUAAACAUCUGUAGACUUUCAAGUCCAUUAAAAACAAACGUUUCCGUAUGAA